UUCGAAAAGCCGCCGAGCAGAAGGACGACGCUGACGACUUACGGAGGCUAGUGAUUGAUUGGGAGCUAGCCGAUGCUGACCCCCCCGGCGGGCCUGGUGAUUUCAACGAUGAUAUCGCGGUACUUGCCGACGUCGACGACCGAGAGGUACCCGACCCCGCGAAAAAAGUCCUGGUGUGUUUGAUACACUACAACAUCCAGUCACUCAAUAGCAAACACGAAAGACUAACGGAGAUUGCGAAAACUGUGCAGAAGAAGGCGGCCGAUCUAAACGCCAGCGCGCUACUGAGAUUAGGACUAAGCGAACUCAAGACAUUAACUCCCGCCGAAAGCUUCCCACUAAGUCCACCUACCACAGUUUCCGGACCCCCAGCGCCUCUUCUGCAAAAGACGACGUUCGCAUCAAACGCCCCCGCUGGCGGUUCAGCAGAUUCCGGGAUGACUGCGUUGUACGAGGCUUUUAUCCCUAGAAAAGACGACCCGGCCCUGUCGGAGAUGACUCGCUCGACGACCGUCGUUUCGAAGAGUUGGACAGUUCUAUACAGCAGUACUAGUUACGCAGAGCGGGAAAUUAUGCGAAGCGCCCCGAAAAAAGACGACUACUGCCUGUGGUUCAGCAUGACUUUAAGUCGUGGAGUGCUCUCAGCAGAGGGCUACAUAACACCUUCCACGAAAAAUGAUCACGAAGUGUCUCUCGAAAACAUCCGACACGCAUCCGAACAACUGGAAGAAAUCUUGGCAGCCUACAAAAAGCAGUGCGAAGCUGCGCCUCUGUGUUUUCUAGGCCUGGACCUGAACAUGAAGCACGACACGGCUUCCCGUGAAGAUUUCUUGGAUUCGCUCAAGCCUUCUUCUUCUUCGGGGUUCGGGGGUAAGAUAAAGCGUUUACUGAUGGAUUUUUGCGAGAGAAUCACCGAGGACCACGAGCCACUCCAGCUGGAAGGACCCACAUACCGGGAUAUUUCAUCUCCGGACGUGGUCUUCGUAAAAGGGCGGGAAUAUAUAGAAGACCUCGGACAAGCCCUCUUGUACCGAUGGACUGCCGAAGGGGAAACGACGGAACUGCCAGAGCUGUCCCAAGAUCACGCGGCGAUCGGUCUUUGCGGGGUGAUAAGUGAGGAGGUCCUACACCGAGGAGGACUCGCUGCGCCGACAACGACAACCUCCACCGCGUCCUACCCUGACGGAAAUUUCAACAACAAGACACGCGAUUUCGUCACCUUGCAAGCCCUUGCCGAUCCUCGUGGCGAGCAUUCUGGGAGAUGGAUCUGCGGGGCGAUGGAAGACUACAAAAUGAUUCCGAGAAGCAUAAUCCCGAGAGGAGGUGACUGCGGGGUUUUCUCGUUGGAGUUCGUGGCCGAAAGGGAGAUUUACAAGGGCGUAAACUUUGCGCUUCGUCUCGGCCGCGGCCUAGCGUUAGAGAAGACGAAAAUUACGGAGGCAAUAAACAACGACUGGCAGAGCUUUCAAGAAGGACGCGGAGUGGUCGACUUCGAAGACAAAAUCGCAGCCGCGUUAGUGAGAGCCAACCUCGUUGAGAAAAGAGGAUUCUCGAGCCGUACUCUUCUCGACAAACCGAAAGACACGGUAGGGGAAGGACCGGACACCGACGCGAAACGCGCGAAAAAAGAAAAAGCGCUACCUACAGCGAAAAGCAUGUAUUUAGGACGAGCACGAGGCGAGCCCAUAGAUUCGAUUAAAGGAAUCACAUGCGACGGCACACAGUGCGACUUGGUCCCGGCCGCGUUGAUAAAUGUAGCAAGGAUACACUUCGCGAAGCCUGCGACCAUGUUGGAGUUUAGCGGCGUCCAGUACGACUACUCCGGCGAGGAAUAUCGACAGCUCCUCGGUUCGCUCCUCCGACAUGCGAAGUUUUGCCACCCGUUGACGGUAUCUUGCCCAGAAGUCGUUGCCGCAAUCGCCGAGAUGAACAAGGAACUCCAAGGACCAACCGGUGUGCGGGGGAGUAUUUUCCGUUGCCUCCCGAAGUGGACUUUGAAGCUGCUCGUAGAAAUAAUCAACAAGGAACUUCGAGGGCUAAGGGACGCUGAG